UUGGUAGCGUCAAGAAGCAAGGAGCAUAGGAGCAGGGUGUGCGUGUGCGUACGAUGUGUUUGACAAGGGUGUUGUUCGACGAUGGAUAGCCUCUGCCAUGCACAACUAUGUUUAGUAAGGUGAUGUCGCACAAGUGUGUACUAAAUAGUACGAUUUGUGUGCGAUAAAUGUGUGUUUACGAAUAGCACGGACCGUCGCCAUAUUGGUGGACGGUACCUAUGACCGCGAAUUCAGACCAAGCAUGGAAGAAACAAAAAUAAUCUACCAUAUCGACGACGAGGAGACCCCAUACCUCGUCAAGGUUCUCGUCCCCCCAGAUAGCGUCACUUUAGCAGACUUUAAAAAUGUCCUCAAUCGGCCAAACUACAAGUUUUUCUUCAAGUCCAUGGACGACGAUUUUGGCAUCGUGAAGGAAGAGAUUGUUGAGGACGACUCCAAGCUGCCAUGCUUCAACGGCCGAGUUGUGUCGUGGCUGGUGACAGCCGAAGGCAGUAAUGUGUCGGAUAGUAUGUCACAGUGCACCGAGACUACCUCCAGACAGGAUGCCAGGCAGGAUGGAGACCUGACCUUCACAGAGUCCGAGUCUAUGGUCAGCUCACGAAAAGAUCAUGGCCACCGUCGACACCGGCAUUACCAUGAUGGACAUGGUCGGUCGAAUGGUGGACCCAAGGGACGCCAUUUUGAAACCCCUUCUGUGCUGACCACCAGCGACAUUGAGACCACCAGCUUCCUAGAUUCUGAAGAUGAGACGACCAGCCGUAUUUCAACGACGACAGAGGAGAGCAGUGUGUCUCGCAUUUAUGCGCGACAUCGACGGCGGAGACGGAAAAAAAUGCCGCCCAUGAGUAGGACAUCGUCGAUAAGCAGCAUCACUGAUAGCACCAUGUCACUCAACAUAAUCACGGUCACCCUCAACUUAGAUACAGUCAACUUUCUGGGCAUCAGCAUCGUUGGACAGUCUAAUAAAGGAGGAGAUGGUGGCAUAUACGUGGGAUCAAUUAUGAAAGGGGGAGCCGUAGCCCUGGACGGACGUAUUGAACCUGGGGAUAUGAUUCUUCAAGUGAACGACGUCAAUUUUGAGAAUAUGAGCAACGACGAUGCAGUGCGUGUCCUUCGAGAAGCCGUCCAAAAGCCAGGACCAAUCAAGCUAGUGGUGGCCAAGUGCUGGGACCCCAACCCAAAAGGUUAUUUCACCAUCCCAAGGACAGAACCUGUACGUCCCAUCGACCCAGGGGCUUGGGUGGCCCAUACGGAGGCAGCCCGAGCAACCGGGCCUCCCUCUGCACUGGGCCACUCACGAUCUACCCUCAUUGGUGGAGAAGCUCAUUUACGACCCCCUUCUGUUUCCACCCUGACAUCUACUUCCUCGUCUAUCACUUCUUCCAUACCAGAAUCAGAGAGGCAAUUUCACGAUCACCCAUUGACUGUGGAAACGGACAUGGAGACAGUUGUGAAAGCAAUGGCAGCAGCAGAUUCUGGCUUGGACGUACGUGACCGAAUGUGGCUCAAGAUUACCAUCCCAAGGGCUUUCAUAGGAGCGGAUGUGGUGGACUGGCUGUUGAAUCAUGUGCAUGGCAUUCAUGACCGAAAGGUAGCCAAGAGCUAUGCCAGCCAAAUGCUUAAGGCUGGCUAUAUUCGCCAUACAGUCAACAAAGAGAAGUUCUCCGAGCAAUGCUAUUACAUCUUUGCAGAUCUCUGUGCGGACCUGUGUUCCAUGCGUCUUAUUGAGGAGCAGCCAUCAUUACCUCCAUGGAGUACGUGUCCCCCUUAUCCAACCUAUGGAGGCAGUGCUAUUCUGCCCUUUGGAUAUACAAACAGCGAAGGACCUUCCUAUAUCAAUUAUGCUCGUGAAGGGAGCACCCACAGUGGAUCUGGUGGCAGCGGUGGUCCAAGUAAAGUAACCGGCAGCCCCAGCGAGUCUGAAUCCAGCCACCACAAUGGAGGAGCCACAAUAAUGGAUGAUUCUUCUACGCAACGUCCACUGGAGGUUGCACAAGACCUGGCUGGUAGUAGGCAGUCCUUCCGCAUGGCCAUGGGAAAUCCGUGCGAGUUUUUUGUUGAUGUCAUGUGAUCCUAUAACAAGUGCCUCAAAGGUGGGGCUUGUAAUAGAUGGGCAAUACGUAGUAAACAACGAUAUUGGUCCCUCUGACAUCGAGGGUCUGGAACCUCGAUUACUUUGCAUGAUUAACUAAAGUGGUUUUAAUACAAAUUUGGGGUCUCCAUAAUUAACUGUAGUGCAUGUACAUUAUUGUUGGGAAUAAAGUUUUAUUCUUUAGAAACAAGUGCAUUGUACUGCAUGAACUAUGUGCACUGUACUGCAUGAAGGGGUAAGAGCUGCCUAACAAAGGUUCUGUUCCUCCUUUUCAGUGGAUGCAUCAGAGUAUCAGUAUACAGACAAGGGAUUGGUAUAGCCUACUAAUCCUCCUGGCAACUUUUCCUGCACCCUCUUUAAUAAGUGGCAAGUUCUGUUGCAUGGCCUCCUCUUUGGUGCUCCAUUUUCAAAAAGGUAGAGGUAUCACCUACCAGGCAUAAUUCGUACUCCAUGGCACAAUACCUCUAAUGCUGCCAUUAUUUGGCACAGUCUUUCUGUACUCUGUUGGGAUAUGUUGAAAAAGUCGCUUGUUCAAUUAUUUUGAUUCCAUUUAUCACAAACUGUUCUACAGACACAUAGUGAAAGUAAGGCAAAAAUCAUGCGGUAUGUAAUAAGGGAACAGGCAACUUGCAGCGGGUCCUAGAGGGUAAAAUCCUCAAAUUUCCCCUCAAACAGCCACUUAUAUGUAGAGCAAAAAGGAGUAUAAAAAGGAAGGGGUCAGUGCAUGAUUUUAACACCCCAUUCAGUAUGGAAAGGGACAUCAAUUGCGGAGUUUGAGUCAACAUUUAAUCUUCACAAAAGCCCACAUUGUGCACUAUUCGAGGAGCCUUAACGCAGGUGGAAAACGAGUACUUGUUGUCAAGCAGUAGAGCUCAAUAUUCCCGGGUGAGGUUCCAAAUUGGGUGCCCCAAUCAUGUAUGUUUUACCUGCAAAUCACGAGGGAAAGAGUAUUAGAAGGGGAUACCCUGUUUGGACCCAUGGAAUCUCUUCGGCACUUAAUACAUCAAAUCUUGGGAGGCUUCCAGGCGUUUUGCCUGUCUGCACCAAUAAACUUUUUUUUUAUCACUACGAGUAUGCGGAAACAACAUUUGGUAGGUAUUUAGUCAAUUUUGAAACUACAACACCAAAUUACAUUUGCUUUAGAGCGCUUUUGACUUUUUUGUUGAGUGGCAUCCAGAUUUUCGGAUGCAGACGACACAGAGCAGUGCCGUGUGCGGUGGUUCAUGGGUGUCACUAUGAACAGAACAAGGGAGAUAAAGUUGGAAUCGAAGGAAAUCUGGGCAUCUGGUAACGAGGCUUUAGCAGUUUGUCAAGGGAACUCAACAUUUUAGUUUCGUAACAAAGGCUGAUCGUCUGGUUAAUUGAGGGUAUAUUCAAGUACGCUUUAGUUCAGUGGAAUCAACAGGCAGUUUCUGUUUGAUGGCCGUUUUGGUAAAGUUAUGACACGAAAUACAUAUGCGAGGGAAAAAAUGUUUGCAUUAACUAUCCGAGUAAAUAUAGUAAUUUUGCGCAGCAAUCACUCGAUAGAAGGAACAGGCAAAAAGCUACAAGUAAUUUGCUCGAUGAGGCCUGACCCCCAAAUUCCCAUCUUUGGGAAUCCACUGGCUACAUCUGAAAACAUACUUCCGAUAUCAAGUCGUUAGUUCGCAAGAAUACAUUUAUUAGUGGCAUCACUACCCCUCUAACACGAAACACAUUCCAGACGUAAAUCAGGUUAUACAGUGCAAUCCCGUUAAUUCUGACUCAAAAAGGACUGAAAAUUUCAACUAAAGGGAGCUGUUCCGAAUGAGUGCAAAAUAUUUAUUUACAAAUAAGCAUCAAAACAUCUUGUAGUAGAAGUUUCUUGAGCCACGACUCAAUCAACAUGGGCUCCAGCAAGACUUGCUUUGCCAACCACGAGUAUUGCCUUUAUAAAUAAUGUUCUUAUAAGCAAUAAAUGAACGAGUCAGAUGCUGAAUCGGCCGCACAAUCUUGUUGGAAUUACACAGCCCAACUGACGCGAUUGCACUGUAUUGCAAGGUAAAGCUGCUUUUCGUAACUGCAUAUUUAACGUAAUUCAGCGUGCACCCCUGGUGGUGAGGGGAGUAUACUAAAUGCCAAUAAAUUUGGACCUAAAAUGGUGCACCAAAGAGGGAUCUUUUCUCGUGCCACCUAGCAGUGAAAAUCAAAGUUAAUUUUCUUGCACUGUGCGUUACAAUGCCUUAUCUACGAGGAUUCUCAGCAGCUUAAAUAAAUACAAUCAAAACUGCUUUUUUAUGACCAAAAAUAAGUUGUUGAGUUUGUGACAAAUUCUCAGCCUCUCAUUAUUUAUUGAAGCAAAAGAGCUCGUUCUAGUGAAUUUCCUUUCCUUCAGUUCUGGAAUUAAGGCAGUCUUGUGUUUUUAUGCAGUGCUCGCAUACUGUGUGUUAUUUGUCAUGUCAGAUAUUAAAUCUCCAUUUGCUUGUCCGA